UUUGUAACAUUUUUUAAUUUUUGUUUCCUCGGAUGCAUCCCAUGCCCGGAACUUUUAACUAUGCAUGUAAUUCCAUCGACACAAUUGCGUUAUCUCCCUUCGUGUGUAGAAGAGCUCUCUCACAACAAAUAUGGCUUCCUUGGCUUUAAGAAGAGCCUGGUCUGCCAAAAGCUUCCUUCCCAGGGUAAUUUCGAGCCGAAGUUGCUCAUCAAAGAGAAGUGAUGGUCUGGCAGAAACAGAUUGGACUGAAGGAAAGAAUGUCAUUACUAAAAAGGAAGAAGAAGAAUUACGUAUUAUUGUGAAAGAGAAUACGGAUAUCUCAUCAUUGACCGGUGUACCAGAAGAGCAUAUUAAAACAAGGCAUGUCAGGAUUUUCUGUCCAGCUAGAAAUGCCAUGCAGUCAGGAUCUUUCAACACCAACCGCUGGAGAAUUGAGUUUGACAACAGGGAGAGAUGGGAAAACCCAUGUAUGGGCUGGGUGUCAACAGGGGAUCCGCUGUCCAAUAUGAAUGUAGAUUUUAUAAGUGCAGAAGAUGCUGCUGUUUUCUGUGAGAAAAACGGCUGGUCUUUUUCUAUAGAUCAGAAACAGGUGUCAACAUUUAAACCUAAAUCGUACGGAGCCAAUUUUAGUUGGGACAAGAAAACAAGGGUUUCUACGAAGUAAAGUUUUAGCAACAUGUAGUGAACUAUUUUUUGGUUUGGGAGCGUAUGGUUAGAAUUGUUUACGAGAACAUUCUUCCUUCCAAGUGUUUGUAAAUAAAGUUUAUGAGACAUUACCAGUAACCACUUAAA